UGUGUCCCCGAGAUCAUCGCAAGGACUUCGUGAUUCAAGACUGAGAGAAGCGAAAUUCUCGAGAAGAAUGGCCCUUCUAACAGCGGCGCGAUGCCUCGUGCGUGUGAACGUGCCAUCGAUCGGUGUUCGGAGUUUUUGCGAGAGGAAAAUCCACGACCAUUUCGAGCACGCUACGGGGAAGGAGAAGUAUGAGCUCGAGGCCAUACGAAGUGGGAACUUGGACCCUUUCGACGAAGCGCCCCGGAAGCGCGGUGUAGGAACCAAGGACCAACCCAAUCUGGUCCCCUCAAUUAAGGAAAAGCGACUCGUGGGCUGCAUUUGCGAAGAAGACGCCGUCGUUAUCAACUACAUGUGGGUCCACAAGGGCGAACUCAGGCGAUGCAUGUGCGGUCAUUGGUUCAAACUCGUCGACAGAGAUUGAAGUCCUUAGCGUACGUCUGCUUGGAAUUGAGUCCCAAGUGUCUUACAAUGUAGAUUAUGGUCGAGGUGGGACGAUCAUGUGAGGCUUGUGAAUAAAUAUCUUGCACGGAUCCUCACCGUCUACUUAUUCCGAAGUCCUGCUCAUCUGUCGCAGCCACCGUACACGCUGUCGAAGAUAGAGGGCAGAGGUCGAACCAUGGAGGAGUCGAACCCGAUCGCGCAGAAUCGUCAAAUCAACGCUGGAUGGACGAAGAGUUCAGCGGACGUUCCUUCUACGAGAUGCAAGCUGUGGCCAGUGAGACACUUCGAGGAGACUCAAUUCAAUGCUGAUCCUACAUAGUUUAACGAUACAAUUAAAGUAUUGAUUUCCAAAU